GUGUGACGCGCACUUACUGCCGCACUGGACAGUCACAUGACAGGCAUACAGACGUUAUGGAGCUGUUUCGCUGUCAAUCUUGAACCCGAUUUCACUUUUAAACUGCAAAAGCGAUGGACGGAGUGCGACUUUUGACGGCUUCUGAUCUCCAGUGAUAUGUCAGCUAAACCGCUGCGUCAUGUCUGUGGAUGGCCCCCGGACCUCUGUUUUCACCUUUCAGUCCGCUGUUCACAGCCGUCAUGUUCUGCGCUCGCUGGAGGAGCUGAGACACAAGGAGCUCUUGUGUGACGUGACGGUUGAAGUGGAGCGCAGGAGCUUUCGAGCGCACUCUUCAGUGCUGGCUUCCUGCAGCGACUAUUUUUACACCAGACUUACAAACCACAGCCGACCAAACCCCACUGUCAGGUUACCGGAUGAGGUCACGGUGGAAGGAUUUGAACCUCUUCUGCAGUUUGCCUACACUGCAAAACUUCACUUCACGAAAGAAAACAUCCUGGAGAUCCACAGAUGCGCCGAAUUCCUCGGAUUUCAAAACCUCGAUAAAGCCUGCUUUGAAUUCCUCGUCCCAAAGUUUUCCGCUGGUGGUGUGACCUCCAAAAAAGUGGAGGGUAAAAGCAAGGGCCUUGAGAGAUCCCGAACCAUCUGCAGUCCAAAUGACCAAAACCCCGACACCGGAGAAGAUCGCGUACCUCAAGAUGCAAGCACUGUCAUGCAAGCUGCAUGCGCGACAUCCUCUGAAGAAAGUCCUAAAGAUUGUCCCCCCAUCACAAAUGACAAAGCAAUGCAGUUAGAUUUAUCCACGCUUUACGCAAGAAGCACUGCAUACCACAUGGGUGACGGCCAAGAUCAGUUUUGCCUACAGAACUGUGGCCCACCGUUGCCUUCCUCUUCCAUGGCGGCCGCUGAAGUGUGUCCUUUCCUGUCUAUUUCAAGCACCGGAGACAAUGAGAAACUGCACUCUUCUCCAGCAGGGGACAUUUUAGCAAUGGAGGACGAUUUCCAGAAGGAUCUAGCAAUGGAUGUGCAUUGCGAACCACCUACUGAUAAAGACCUGGACAUAGCCAGUAUCACCGAGGGCCACUUUGACCAAUGUGAAGGGCCUCUAAUGUCGCCCUCCGACGCCAGCCACCUAUGUCCUCUGAAUUCUGCGCAGUCAAGCGGGGAUUUGGACAGCAUUUCUGGCGCGCCAGACCUCAGCAACAUUGGCACCGAAGACAACCGGGUGUUUGAUUCCAACGAACAAACCUUCCCUGAAUUGACCCCCAAAGAUUGCGCCACAGAACGAAGCACGGUGGAAAGGGAAGUGGCUGAGCAUCUCGCGAAGGGUUUUUGGCCCGAUUUGAGCGCCACGUUAAAUGAGACGCUACCUUUGGACUCUAUCGACCAGUCAUCUGCAGGAAAUGGCUCGGACUUCCACUGGUUAAAGCAUCUGGAUCUGGGCGCCGCGCCGGAUGAUUGUCCCUUCCUGCGAGACCUGAGCUCCAAUGAUAGACAGACCUCUGGAGGAGACACUCUGUCCAAAGAGGACACUGAAGACAGUCCCUGCAUGUCCCCCAUUAACUCGAGGGAAAACUCGGAGUGCGAAUCGGACGGAGACUGUGCGCAGUGUGACAGCAGUGAACAAGUGCAAGAGGUGGAUUUGCCAUUCCCUGUGGAGCAAAUUUCCAGCAUGACCCGGAGAGCGUUCCUGCAGAUGUUGAAACGCGAGCAGCUGACCCCGGAACAGCUGGAGUUUGUUCAGGAUGUGAGACGGCGGAGUAAAAACCGCAUGGCUGCACAGCGCUGCCGCAAGAGAAAGUUGGACUGCAUCUACAGACUGGAGGGAGAAAUUAAGAAACUGAGGAGCGAAAAGGAGAAAUUGCUGCACGAUCACAACCAGCUGAAGCUCAGCAUAGAGGAUGUGCGUCAGAACCUCUCAGGCCUGUGUCAGAGUCUCUCGGCAGACGGCGCGCCACAGUCUGAACAGCUGCGAGCACUGGCCAGGUACUUCUCCUCCGACUGUCCCACCUCCGUCCUCCUCACCCCCAUGGCCUCUCCUAGCCUGGCUGGCCCAGACCAGGAUGCCCAUGCGAACUCCUCCCUGGACACCUUUCUUGCAGACACAUGUCCUGAAGGAGACACUGCAGCACUCAGGACGCCCACUGCCUUCCUGCAAGACAACGUUCAGAGCACUGAUACAGAUCCAGCUCCGUGAUGUACAACAGAGCAAAGCAGCUUGGGAAUGGUCUGAUAUUUCAUUUUUACUCAGGAGUUUAGCUUUCCGCUGCCGUCAGUUCCACUUUUUAGCAUGACUUUCUUAUUAGGAGCACUUUCGUAAUGUUUCCAAGUAUGGACGUGACUAAAUUUGCACUAUUACCAGAAGUUUCAUUAUACAGAUGCAUUCGGACAUGCCUUUCAUUCCUUGUUUGCUGUUACGCCACAGGGUCAUUCCUGUUAUGCCACACGUUUUUAAAACUUAAGAAAAUGAAUUGGAUUGUAAUUAAGUAUUUCAGAAAUAUGCUCUGCGAAGCUCAGGCUCAUAAACAUUUAUAAAUUAUAACUUGUAUGUAAAACAGAACAAGAUGCGUAACAGGAUGGAACAUAAUGGGGUGGAAAUAAAGGGCUAAGUGCUUUGUUUAAUUACAGAUUGAUAGUUAGCUCAAGUUAAUUUUGAUAUAUGUUUUAGUAUUUUGAUUCCAUCAUACCCAUUUUUUUUUUUAUAUCGUACAACAGGGUGGAAUAUUUUGAAAUGAGACAAACAAACUAAUAGCACAAAACAUCUUUUAAUGAAUUGCUCAUGCUUGAAGAUGUACAUGAUGAUGUAUGUUCUCCCACCAAAAAUGUCACUUCCUGGACGAUUGUGUCAUUAAGGAACUGGCUUUUGUUAGUUAAAGGGAUUUUUCAGCAGACUAACAGGGUGGAAAGUAAUAUCGAAGACAAAUUAGAUAUCUAUAAAACGAUUAACAAUCAAAACACUACAAUCAAGUUUGGUUUAAAUAUUUUGAAUAAAGAAAGAAAAGCGCUUGGAAUAUUUCGAAAUAAAUUGACUUCUUAUGCUUUUUAGUGCAUUAAUUGUAAUAUUGUCAUAAAAGAAAAUGAAUGACUUCAAUCUGGAACAAUUGUCAAUUUUAUGUUUUUUAUUCAAAAUUAGACUAAAUGUACUACAUAACAGGAAUGACCUGGGGAUUCAUUUCCAGUCCUAGCAUUAAUUUCACGUACACUGCCACAAAGGACAAUCAUUGUUAUGCUCUUUAUUAUGUUUAUGGAUUAUGAUUUUUGUUAUGCUAUGUAGAGCAUAUAAGUACAUUCCAAUGUAGCCUAAUACGUGUUUGGCAUUAACGGCAUGAGAAUUGUGCAUUGAAUAUGCGUCUCUUUUUUUUUUUUAAGUAUUCAUAUAUGCAUAAGUCAUAUUUAUAGUGACAUUUAAAUAACUGCCAUGUAAGAUUUCCAUGCAUAUCAUGUAGGGUUUGUGAAAAAUACAAAGAAUCCAUAGUCUCUCUAAGGGGAAAGAAAUCGUUUAGAUACUGUUCACUUUUUGCUUGCGAGUGAGUUUGGAAAAGAUCGAUUUCAAGGUCUACAUAAAAUCAAAAUUGAUCCUAUUUCCAUUCUUAAAACAUGCUCCUGAUUUUAUUGUGCAUGAUUCUUCAUUACACAUAAUUUCAAUUAAAUGUUUUGUAUUAUUUCAUCAAAAUGUAAUUUUCUUCUGAAAUGGCUUUCCUUUUUAGCUGAUGAUGUCAUCAAGACCAUGCACAUAGUCUUAGCUGUUGGAUUACAAAUAGAGAUAAUGGCAUUAUUUUAACUCUAACCUACAUUUAAAAAAAAAAAUAAUAAUAAUAAUAUAUAUAUAUAUAUAUAUAUAUAUAUAUAUAUAUCUCUCCUGUUUAAAUUAAUUAAUGAGCUAAUGUUCAUUUCGGUAUAACAUUAGUCUAAACAACAUAACCUGUUCAUUUUGCCAUGUAGCAUCCAUGCAAUGUUAUAUUUUUACUUUUUUGUGCCUUUUUUAACCCUGUAACCAAAAUACUGUCUUGUAAACCUGGAAUGCACUGUAUAGUUCACUAUUUGAUUCAGAUUUAACAAAUAGUUGCAAAUAAAAUGUCAAUAAUAUUUUUUUUU